AUGAUUGUUUAUUUGAUUAAACAAAAGAAAUGUGUUUUGCAUUUAAAUAAAACAAAUUAUUGUAAAAUCCAUCCAGGAAAUGCUCUGGAUCAUGUAUUGGCAUCUAGCAAUGAUGGUUGUUUAUAUAGAAUUAAAAUAUCAACUAGAGAUAUCGUAAAUAGUGUUAUGUUGAUAAACUCGAUACCUUUGGUUGGUGGUCAAGUUGUAGAACAAGUAAAGACCACCGGGUACUUGGAUGAAAAGAAUGGAUAUCUUUACUAUGCCUAUAGUAAUUACAAUAAUAAUAACUCUAUCACUCUUCUAAAGAUGCAAGAUAAAUCAUUUAGAAUUCUCAGCUCCAUCGAUCUGUCAGACCAAAGUGGCAUUCCAUUCAUUGAUAAAUCUUUGUUUUUGGAUAACGAUGGUAUCAUCUACCUAUUCACAUCCAACAAUAUCUAUAAAAUUCAAAGUGACCCAAUCAAUCAUAAAUUCUAUAUAAUAGAUUCUUAUUUAUACCCUGAUUAUUGUUUGUUUGCAUUGUCAGUUGAAUACGAUCCUUCUACUCUGCAGGUAAACGGAAAAGAUGGAAGUAUAUUCCUUGGAUGUCUUUCAGAUAAAGGUUUGAUUCUACAACUAUCUUUGUCGGAUUUUAGCUUGCUAUCGUUGUUUAACUACACCGAUGGCGAUUCAAUCAUGUCAAUGACAAAGUCAUCGAGCUCAUUGGUGUUUAUAGGUGGUAGCGGCAGAGGCGGUGCUGCAAACUCUGAAAGCAAUCAUUUGAUAUCACUACAGCUAACAGAAGAUGGCAAACUAACAUCAUCUAUCACAGUAAUAACCUCAACUAAGCUAUCUGUUGUUGAUUCGACUACUUCCGCUUCGGAUGGCGUUGACAGUGGUGCUGUUGGCUCAACAGGAUUCCACGCGCUCUUUGCAUUGGGAAGUGACAUACUUCUCUACAAUCUAAACAAUCCUGGUGACGAACCGCUUGACGCCGACCUGCUUGCCAACCAUCAGAUUGGUGUUAGCUCUACCUACUCUAAGCGUUCAUCGGUUGUAUUGCUCUCUACCAACAGCUCAUCGAUCUACUUUUACAAAUUGCCAGCACCCUUCAAUAUCCCACCGGACAACUCUCUCCCGAUUUGGGUUCUCCUAUUUGUUCUAGCGGCUGCAAUCGUCCUAAUAAUAUUCCUGUCGAAAGUAAUCAAAACCUACUAUCAAAUCAGAGACAACUAUGAAUCUAUAGAUUAA